AUGCUUGUCUGGCGACGAUUCAUUCAUACCAAUGUAUCACGAUAUUUAUCUCAAUCAGCUGUUGCUUCAAAUUCACCAUCACCAUUAAGUAUCUUACGAAAAAAAACAGGUUAUUCAUUAUCUCAUUGUCGGACUGCACUUCAACAAUUUAAUGAUAAUCUUGAACAAGCUGAAGCAUGGCUUCAUCAACGUGCUCAAGCUGAAGGUUGGAGUCGAGCAACAAAAUUACAAAGUCGUGCUGCAUCUCAAGGUUUAAUUGGUAUUAUAACAGACAAAGAUUCAGCUGCAAUGGUUGAGAUUAAUUGUGAAACAGAUUUUGUGGCUAAAAAUGAAAAAUUUCAACAACUUGUUUCUCAUGUUGCAAAUAGUCUAAUAACUAAUCAAAAGGAUAAAUCGAAAGAAAAGGUAUUCUAUGAUAAAGAUGCUCUAUCAACUUUACCUUCUGUUGAUGAUCAUUCAAAAACAUUAGCUGAUAUGGCAGCUUUAUGUGUUGGAUCAGUUGGAGAAAAUGUUGUUUUACGACGUGGUAUUGUAUUUAAUAUUAAAAAUAAUCAAUUAUUUGCUAGUUAUUGUCAUGGACAAAUUAAUAAUGCAAGUACAGAUUCAUGUCGUAUGGGAAAAUAUGGUGCACUUGUUAAUUAUUCUCAAAUUGAUUCAACAAUAACAAAUGAUUCAAAUGAUGAAAAUACUUCAACAUUAUCUUCAACUAUAUUAACUCGUUCUUAUCCAUUACGAACAAUAUGUCAAAAUAAUAUUCAAAAACCAAUUGAAUUAAGUACUUAUCUUGAUCAACAAGAUGAAACGAGUCAACUUCAUGAAUAUCUUAAUGGAUAUAUUUAUGCAUUACCAUCACGUGAAAGUACACAUGAUUUAUUUGUAAAAAAUUUAAGUGCACAAAUUGAACAACAACAAAUAAAAAAUAUUCAUAUACUUCCAAUGGAUAUACGUAUACAAACACCUGAUCCUAUUUAUAUUUAUUAUCCAAGUUUAUGUCUUAGUAAUCAACCACCUAAAACUGAUCAAGCAAUAACACGUGAACCUAUUGUUAUUAUUGAACUUAUUACACCAACAACUGAACGUUUUAUUUUACAUGAAAAAUCAAUUAAUUAUAAAAGAAUACCAUCAUUAAAAGAAAUUAUUUAUAUUUGGCCAAAUUUAAAAAUAGCUCAAGUCGAUUUUCGUAAUGAUAAAUCAUCAGAAUGGACGAGAAAAUAUUACGACAUACAAGAUAAAAUUCCAUUAACACAAGCAAUUGAUAAUGGUGAAUUAGUACUUACUGACAUAUUUAAUAAUAUGGUAAGUUUUAUAUUUCAAUAUAUGAAUCAUUUUGAUAAGACAAAAUGA